AUGUCCAAGAUCUUCAAGCGUGGACGCACAGGGGAGAUAAUUGGGGAUUUUAAAGAAAGGUGGGGAGAGCAUAAGGAGUCCGUGCGUCGACGAUUCGGAAGGCUCGAAGGCGAAGAGCUGCCACCAGACAAGAGACGGAAGACUGGUGAUCCUAUACCGCCGCUAGAGCUUCUAAAUACCUCUGGGGCUCGGAUAGACAGGCGUGAAAAUGCACCCGCGGGUUGGAAUCCAAAUGACGAUGAUAUAGAUGAAUAUGAUUUGGAUGCAAUGACUCAACGGUGCAAAAAUCGCAUUCGGGAUAAUAUUUUGCCUCAAAUAUGGGAAAAUAAGCUCAAGAGAUGCGAGAAAAUGAAAGACGAGAUGAAAAGUCUAGUCAAGAGUGAGAAUGAUGGGCUCAGUAUGCAGGUCAUCGUGCGUUUGAAGCGAUUAGAGGCGGUCAAGAAGGAUAUAUUGUCAAUCAAGAAUAGCGACAAGUAUAAUUCACUUCCUAAUAUCCAUAAAAUCAUGGACCUAUAUCGCUCGGGUGACUAUGAAUGGGAGGAUGGCACAGCGACAUAUUGGUCAAAGGGAGUUAUGAUUGCGGGCCCCAAACCGUUUAACGUUAAGGAACUUUUGGAGUUAAGUUCAAAAAACGAUGGCGAUAAUGGAUUUUGGCUAGAAUUGAUUCUCAUUGACUCUAUUAGCAUGAUACACCAGGGUCAUGUGGGCAAUUCGCAACUGGCCUCAAAGAAGCGUUUACAAUGGGGUCCAAUCCAAUGCAUCUUUUUUUACUAUCCGGUCACUCUCCAAUUUCGAACCCCGGGAUCGACUUUUGAUACCGGUGUCAAUAUAGAUAUGAUUGAUGACACUGGCGCCCAGAUUAUAUCUCUUUAUGAAACCGAUUUAGAUGAUAUCAUCAACGUUAGCCAAGCACUAGCCCCAUUUUGUUAUAGCGGUAUCUCAACGACAAUAUCCGGUAACAUUCGAACAGUGACUUUUGUGUUAGAAGUUGCGCUUGCUGUUAAUGGGGUUGCAGUAACACAAUGGUCUCGAUGGCCCGUUGGUGUCCAUCCAGGAGCGGCAGCAGGCAGGCCAAGGCUGUGCGGGCCAUACUUACGGCAAAUGGUCUACACUGCAACGGCACCUGAAAUACCUCCACGGUUGUGUAUCAGCAGUAGCGCUGAUGGUGUAAAGCGAUUCUUACCGAACAGAGACCAGACUAGAACAAUCCCACGUCCUUGGGGUCUAUUACCUGUACCCGGCGGCAGCUCAGAGAUACCUACAGGGGCCGAUGGAUUCCAGCCAGCCAAUUGUGAAAAGUACUAUACAGUAACAACACCAACGUGGCCGAACCGACUGAUCGCACCAUUACCAGGAAUCGGAGUACCCGUUGCAGGUACAGCAGCCGGAACUGCUGCACAAGCAGCAGAGCUUAUGGAUGCCCCGAAAGAAGUCUUGAUGAUACCAAUGCCAGGUACAGGGAGAGGUAGAGCUACAGCCGGAGGCUAUAUACCUCCCCCGAUACCUCCUUACCCUAAUCCUGCUGCUGCGGCUGCUGCUGGGACUUGGGCUGGGCGUGGACGUGGGACUGGGACUGGGACUGGGACUGGGACUGGGACUGGGACUGGGACUGGGACUGGGACUGGGACUGGGGCUGGGGCUGGGGCUGGGCGUGGGCAUGGGCGUGGGACUGGGACUGGGCCUUGA